AGGACUGCAACAUUCUCAGACAAGAGAGAAAGAGGGUGGGCUCAGUUGCAGAGUUCAGGAGGGCUCCCUGCCCUAAUCGACGUUGUUUUAGGUUUAGGGUUAGGGUUUCCAUGGCGAAGGUUGAAGUUAUUUGUCUACUAUAUUUUCUUCUUCUCUCUACAAUCCCUGUUUCACUCUGCAAAAGAGGAACACAAGCGGUUGCAAGAAGAGAAGAUAUUCCCUUCAUCAAAUGUCAAGUUUGUCAAACCAUCGCCCAACAAAUCCACUCUCUGGUUUCCAAGAAGGGAGCUCAAAUAUCACCUAAACAGGUUUCAGAAUAUCAGAUCAUAGAGAUAGCAGAGAAUAUUUGCAACCUGAAAAAGGAAGAAGCCGAUUGGAUCCUUCGUUUUGAUAUUGUUGAACAAGGGGAUGAAUUGAAGCUUGUUGAUCAAGAGACUGAAGGGCAAUGUAAUUCGAAAUGUAAGACUAUUGAACGCACCUGUCAGGAGAUCAUGGGGUAUACUGACACUGAUGUCGCCGAGUUUUUGUUCAAAACCAAGCCGCAGAUUGAUACUUUGACAAAUUUUCUUUGUAAAGAUCUCAGUAAAGCAUGCUCUGCCAAGCCCCCUCCAGUUCCUAAGGAUAGAGUUCCAGGAGAACCUUUUUUUCCCAAGUCAUCUAAAGACGCAGAGAUGGAAAGGCUUUUGAGAUCCAUGGAAGGCAUGCCUGGAGCACCAAACAUGCAGAUGUACUCAAAAGAUGACCUAUUGAAUAUGAAAAACUUUGGUGAUGAUGAAGGGGAUGAGGACGAAGAUGAGGAGAAUGAAUUCCCUUCGAAAUUGGGGAAGGUUUUGAGAGAUAAAGAAUCCAAGAAAGGCGAUUGGAAAGAAAGGAUUGUGAACAAAAUCAAAGGUACUGCGGCAGCAAUAAAAAAGCAUAUCAACAAAGCUGCUCAUCAUGUAAAGAAAUGGUGGAGGACAAAAUCAGGCCAGAAGCCUUCGAAGCCCACCAAAAAUGCGGAGCUUUAAAACUUGCAUGAGCAUCACUGAUUUAUUCUGGCAAGUAGAGCUUUUUCAUUCUUUUUUCUUUUCUUUCUUUUUGUGCAAUUCCAUGAGAAAGUUUUGUUAUCCUACUGUAGUCAAAAGAUACAGAAGUUUAUAUGCAGAUCAAACCUGUUUAAUGAUUAAUGUAUCACAGGUUGCCUAUCUUCUGUGAUUUCCUUUUAUGA